AUGAAUAGUAUCUAGUAGAAUGUAUUUGAUUGGAAUCCUGUGUUUGGUGUAUUGAUCAAUUAAGAGAAUGAUGAUAUUUAAAUUGAUCUUAUGCCUUAUAAAAAGGCUGAUUUUAAAGAGUAAAGAAUUGAAAUCAGACCUCAAAUUUUAUUUAAGAAAUAACUAAAUUAUGAUGUAGAAGCAGGUUGGAGUUGGCAUAAAUCCUGGAAUUUGCCUGAAUUUGAUUAUAUCAUAAAUGUAAACUACAUUCUAACCUAUUUUAGGAUGAACAAAUCUAAAAUUUAUCCUAAAAAGGAGCUUUAUUUGUCUAAAUUUUUGUAGCUAAAGCUUUAGAAAAGCCUUAAUAAUAUAAAAAUUUAGGUAUUAAGGGAGAAUCAAAAAAAUAAAUAAUAGACUUCCAAGCAAACUUUAGAUGUCUAAAAUUCACAACAACGUCAUAUAAUAACUACGUAUUUAUGUAAAUAGUAAUGUUAGCACAAAAAAUUCCAUUUGAUAAUUGUACUGUUUUAUUCCUCAGUAAAUGGAGAAAAUAUGGUACUUAACUCAAUCAUAUCCCCAGAAAUCUUUGUAGAUUCUAGAAAAUAUGCUAGAUUUCAUAAUUUUUCUGUACUUCAGAAUUCUUUUACAGAAUUAUUUCAUUAUCAGUUCUUUGAUUCAAUAAUAAUAAAAAGGGAAACAAAAAAUAAGACUUUAAAAAUAAUCAAAAUAGAAAACUCAAUCACAGGAUUUAUUAAUUAUUUUACCGCCUCAAAUAUUAGGAAUAAAAUUAAGCAUCCUAUAUUUUUAGCAUUAAGAUUCUCCAGUCUUGUUAAAUUAUUUGUUGAUUAAUAAAUGUUCUAUUCAUCAAACAAUAUUGUCACUUAGAUUUAAAAUCAUUUAAACAAUAUUGUCAAUAAAUUAGAGAAUUAAAAGAAGAUAAAGAUAUUAAUUUCAAUUAAUAUUGAAGAUUAUACAAUCUAAAAAAAGGUACAAUUCAUUAUUAUUAAGGCUUUUGAACUAAUUUAAUCAUUAGAAAAUACUUGCUAUGAAAUUUAUACACAGAAAUGUUAUUUACCUAAUAAUAUAAGGGAGAUAGAAGAUUUGAAAUAGCUUUAUCUGUAAUAUUAAGAACUCUUCUAAUAAUCUUAGAAAUAAAUUAAUUAGACUUCACAUAUUGAUUUUAUAAAAACAUAAUCUAUACUCUAAUUAGAAGAUAAUGUAUUACAGAAGGUCAAAAUUGAAUAAUAACCUGAUACAAAAAAUAAUUAACCAUUAUAAACAUAGAAUGAUAUUAAUUUGCAUAAAAUUGAAUUUGAUAAUUCAAUAAAAAAGGAAGAAGACUAAAACAACAAAUAGUAAUAGAUAUAAUAAAAUGUUUAUUAAUAAUAAUAAUAUGUCCCAUUUGUUAAUAUUAAUUAACCCUAAUUGCAUUUAGAUCCCUAUUUAAUACAGUCUUAUUAAAACUAGGUACCACUUGUAAAUUAAUAAUUUUAAAAUUAUUAUUUGAAUCAAUUUCCAUAUUCAAAUCCCUACUAAAAUAUGUGGAAAUAUUUUUGA